AUGGAAUAUUUAUUUAGUAGAGGAAUUCUUAGUUUAGGAACAGUCAGACUUCCUCGUCUCCCAAAUUGCCCCUUACCUGAUAAAAAAAAUGAAAAAAAAAUGAAGAGAGGAGAAUCUAUGGAAUAUGUAACAUCAUAUGAAAAAGCACCGAUUUCAACUGUAAUUUGGAAGGAUAAUAAGGCUGUUAAAUUAGUUUCAACUUACUGUGGGGAAACGCCGAAAACAAAAGUGACCAGAUUUGAUCGUUCAAAGAAGAAAGAAAUUGAAAUUGACUGUCCAAAAUUGGUGACUGAAUACAACCAUAACAUGGGAGGGGUAGACUUGUUAGACAGCCACAUUGUGGUAAACUCAUGGUGUUUAUAUAAAAGAUCUAAGAAACAGAAAAAUGAAGAAAAUGAAAUAAUGGAGUUGGCAGAAUGGAGGAAAAUACUAGCGCAUUCGUUGAUAAAAUCUGGAGAAGUAAGACAUAGUGGAAGAGGAAGGCCUUCAAUAUCAAUUGAAAAAAAAAAUACAAGUACUCGACCACAAUCUGUCCGUCCACCAAAAUCAGUCAGAACAGACAAAACUGACCAUUGGCCUACAUUUACAGAGAAAAGGGAAAGAUGUAAAAUGCCCCAAUAUAAACAAUCUUUUAGUACCAAAGGUCCAGAAUAA